AUGUAUGGCUAUUUUGAUGGAGAUGUCAUUAAUUGGAGAAAGUUUGAUCCUUGUGGCGUAUGGAUGCAUAACGUACGCUGCCGGUAUGGAUUGGGGUAUGAGAUCAAGUACAGUGUUACAUCUGCAUGGCCAUUGAUCCAGCAAAGCAAUGCCAUCUUUCACCAUUCAACAUUGAUCACUGUUGGAUUAUGGAAGCAUAUUGUUCUUUAUCCAGAAAUUUGUGAAGGGUUGAAGCAAAGAACUCGAGUGUUUCUUGAAAUGAGCAAUGAUACGGAAGGCAUUCCCCUAACCCAAUUUAUGAUAGAACACUUUAACAUGGAUAUUAUGGACCAAUUGGUCAACAUACCUCUUUCAGAAAUUAGUAUUCGCCUUAAGAAUUUUCGAAUCAACGGUAAUAAACCAUUGCCUGAGCUUUAA